AUUUUUUCAACCGGAAAGUUUAAAUUUCCCCAACAAAAAGUUAAAUUUAAAUUCCAACAUUUGACUGUGGAGCUAGAUGCCACAAGCAGUGGUGACGCAUAAUCUCUGACAGACAGCUGUCGGCACGCGGUCGACAAAUAGAACCAACUGUUUCAAUAAUAUAAAGCUAUAAAGACAGACCAUGUCUCGUACCAAGUCACAGGCCUUCCAACAGCAUUUCGUUCACGACGCGUUUUGCCUUAGCCUUCUUGUCGCUUCAGCCUUUUACGACUACCACCAGGAUGAAAUCUGUCGGUCUUGUCCUUCUUCUCGCAGCAACCUUUGCCUGCUCCAGUGUUGAAGGUGCCAAUGAGUGUACAACAGCCCUCUACAGCAAAUUGAGGAACGCAGCCUUUAAUUCUGCCUUCAGCGCCUGCAUGUCGGAUCCAGCUGGAAAAGCCGCUUUGACUGCCAUCGUAGGUAAUUAUGGCUGUGGGGGCUACACCUUCACUGUCGGCGAUCGCAAGUGCGAAGUUGGCGCAGCUCCCUUCAUGAAAUGUGUAGCGGGAAAACUUGGUUACUUGAAGGCUGAUGGCUCCAUCGACAACACGAAGAUCUUAGCCUUGUACAAGACUUGGGCCACAAGCGACCCUAAGUGCAAAGUUGCUCAGUACGACUCCGCUGUGAAAAAAUGUGGCACUACCAUCAACAACUACGCCUUCCUGGCGAAGGCCGACUGCAUCAGCACGAUGGCGGACCACCCGUACCUUGUGUGACCUGCACAAUCUGGUCCUUAUUCCUUCAUCUGAUUGGCGGCUUUGAAGUGUUCAUUACAGGUGCACAAUAAUAAUUAGGGGACAGUUUUCUCUAGUCAAUGCAUCCACGUGCAGUAAAAAUUGUCUAAUCGAA